AUGGCCUCGGCAGUCGAGUCUAUCCAGGCAUGGGUGUUCACGCACGAGGGCUAUCCAGACGCUCUUCACAGGGCGACUUUGGCACCUCUCCCGAAACCAGCGUCGAAGGAGCUUCAUGUCCGAGUCAAAGCAGCAGCACUAAAUCCUGUGGAUGUCCAGUUGAUGAACCUUCCAGUCUGGAGAUAUCUGCCUAGAUCCUGGAUACCUCCUGAUAAGGGUAUCGGUGAGGACUUUUCUGGUGUUGUCGAAGCCGCUGGCAAACACAGUGGCUUUGAUAUAGGCGAUGAAGUGGGUUACUGUACAUAUCAUCAACGCAUACGCUGUAAGAUGUUGACAUACUUAAUANNGGUUUAUGGCAUCACAUUCACGCUUACGAGUGGCACCAUUCAAGAUGUUAUUGCUGUGGACACAAGAUCGAGCAUCGUGGUCAAGAAGCCUAAAGACAUGAGUUGGGAACAGGCUGCUGCGUUGCCAUUGGUCUGGCUAACAGGUACUCUUGACUGCUGUCAUGUGACUAACACACCAUUGCUAACGAAUCAAGCACGCACAGCAAUCGCCAAGAUCGAGUCUUCUAUUGAGCACAGCGGUUGUCUGGCUGUUCUAGGUGGGAGCUCCGCUGUAGGCAUGUAUGUGCUCCAAAUUGCCAGUCAGCGAGGGCGGAAAGUGCUCACCACAUGCUCCUCGCGCAACACUGAAUUCGUGAAGUCGAUGGGCGCAACAUUUGUUGUUGACUACAAGACGAGUGAUGUGACACAAGCUGUUCGAGAUUUUGGUCCAGCAGCCAUCAUUGACUGUGUUGGCGAAACUUCGUGCAUAGGUCUAGCNAAAAGAUACGUCACCAUCGUCGGCGACAAGACUAGUCGUGACACCAUGGGUGGCACAGCGAUAUAUCUUUGGCACCCCAAGAUGGUCGUCAGAACGUUGCUUGGAAAGAUUGGUUUAGGGAAGAGCUACGAUUGUGUGAAUCUGGAACUUCGCAAAGAGUGGUUAGAAGAGACAUUGGAUCUUGACCGUAGCAAAAUCGUCAUCGACAGCACAUGGGGAUUCUAUCAGGUAAAGGAAGCUUUCGCAAAGCUCAGCACUGGACGGGCAAGAGGGAAGGUGGUAGUCAGAGUGUGUUUGGAGGAAAGUUGUAUAUCAUAA